CUUAAUCAACCCGACCACAACCGACGGAGAGAUCAGCAGUGCCUGGCUGAGCGACCACUACCCACGUCACCCUUCUUUUUACUUCUUCUAUUCUUGCUUGUAUUGAUUUUUAAUAAUAUACCCUUCUUCAAAAUGGCGAUCUGGGAUUCCUUGAGCGGUCGCAAACAACCCCAGGGCUCUGAGCCCUUGGAUCAGACCCAGGAUGCUCAAUCCUUCCUUUCAGAGAUCUCCCUUCCGGAUCCCACCCAGCUCCAUCCCCUCUCUGGCCUGAACCAGGACACCCUCGAUUACAUCACGCUUGAAGACUCCAGCCUCGACGAACUCCCCGGCUCGCGAUCUGUUCUCCCGUCUCGCGGAUGGUCCGACGACCUGUGUUACGGUGCCGGCACGACCUAUCUCUCCGCGUUGACUCUCGGAGGUGUAUGGGGAAUGGCUGAAGGACUCAAGAAGACGCCCGUGACUGCGCCUCCCAAGAUUCGGUUGAACGGCGUCUUGAACUCGGUAACGCGGCGAGGACCCUUCCUUGGCAACUCCGCCGGCGUGGUUGCUAUGGUAUACAACUGUUUCAACUCUGGUCUCGGAUACGCACGAGGCAAGCAUGAUGCUGCGAACAGCAUCGUUGCCGGUGCGCUUAGCGGAAUGCUGUUCAAGAGCACCCGUGGACUUAAGCCCAUGGCGAUCUCCGGCGGUAUAGUCGCUGGCAUUGCGGGAGGCUGGACAGUCAUCAGCAGGGCGCUCCUGUAAAAACACAACAACAAAAAAUCCCCUUGUAUUUUAGC